AUGUGAUUCUCCCAUAUCAUCCUCUCAAAUAGCUGGUGUUACAGGCGUGAGCCACCACACCCGCCCCCUUAAUUCUUAAUAAACAUUAAUAGAUGCAAAUGUAUGUAAUGUAUUAAUAAGCAAAAAUUUAUUUAUUAAAUGUGUAUGCAAAAUAUAUUUUACUGGUCAGAAGUUCUUCAUGUCCUGUCCCUUGACUUUACAUUGUAACCUUCUAACUAAUCUUGGUCCUAUGCUCUAUUCUCAUAUCAUAAAUUGCAAGGUUUCCUAAACUUGCAAUUUCUCAUGCAUUCAUGUCUUUGCCACUUGUGUUUUCUUUAUUCUAAAGUUUACGUUAGGUAGUUUUACCACCUAAUAAAAUCUAACAUGACAAUACGAAAUGCAAAUAACUACCCCCAUUUGUGACUAUCUUGUAUUGUGUACAUGUUUCUAUCAUGGCACUUGCUUCACAUACUGUAUUUUAGCAUUUUCACCUUUGUCUCCCCAGCAAAACCUAUGCUCCUUGAUAACAAAAUACAGUCAUGUGAAACCUAGUGAUGGGAAUAUGUUCUGAGAAAGGUAUCAUUAGGUGACUUUUUCAUGCAAACAUAGUGUCCUUAUACCAGCCCAGAUGGUGCACACCUAGGCUAUGUGGUAUAGCCCAUUGCUCCUAGGCUACAAACCUAUAUAGUAUGUUACCGUACUGAACACUGUAGGCAAUUUGUAAUGCAAUAAGAAUCUGUGAAUCUAAACAUAGAAAACAGACAAUAAAAAUACAGUAUCUUCUUGUAGGAUUGUCAUCAUAUAUGUAAUCUGUCAACUGAAAUGUCAUUAUACGGCACAUGACACUCAUUUUUUUCUUCAUCUUUGUAUCUUCAGCAGAGUUCCAGGCAUGGAGUGGGAGCUCAGCAAAUAUGUACUGAACAAAUAUUUCCUCUACAAAUAAAGCAGGGUACAGCAUGGCACAUAUCCUAACUCUCCAGAGUGAACUUUUCAAUUAGUACACUAAGAGCUAGCUCACAUGUGUCUUUUCAAUGGUACUGUUAUCUAUUCUGGUUACUUCAGAUUAAACUGAAAUAUGUUAUUCCAGGGACCUGUGACAUUAAAGGAUGUUAUUGUGGAAUUCACCAAGGAGGAAUGGAAAUUACUGACCCCUGUUCAGAGGACCCUGUACAAGGAUGUGAUGCUGGAAAACUAUAGUCACUUGGUCUCAGUGGGUUACCGUGUGAAUAAGCCAAAUGUAGUCUUCAAGUUGAAGCAAGGAAAAGAGCCAUGGAUGUUAGAAGUAGAAUAUCCACAUCGGGGCCUCCCUGAAGACCUACGGAAUACUCAUGACCUAGAAGCAAGAUACCAGGAAAGCCAAGCUGGAAAUUCAAGGAAUGGAGAACUCAAAAAACACCAGAAAACUUGCGCCACAGAGAAAGCCUACGAAUGUAAGGAAUGUGGGAAGUUCUUCUGCCAGAAGUCUGGCCUCAUAGUACAUCAGUAUACUCAUUCAAAGGGCAAAUCAUAUGACUGUGAUAAAUGUGAGAAAUCUUUCUCUAAAAAUGAAGACCUCACAAGACAUCAGAAAGUUCACACGAGAGAGAAAACCUAUGAGUGUAAAGAAUGUAAGAAAAUAUUUUACCACCUAUCAUCUCUCAGUAGACAUCUGAGAACCCAUGCGGGAGAGAAACCCUAUGAAUGUAAUCAGUGUGAGAAAACCUUCUACCAGAAACCACAUCUUAUAGAACAUCAGAAAACACACACAGGAGAGAAACCUUUUGAAUGUACUGAAUGUGGUAAGUUCUUCUAUGUGAAGGCAUAUCUCAUGGUACAUCAGAAAACACACACAGGGGAGAAACCCUAUGAGUGUAAGGAGUGUGGGAAAGCCUUUUCCCAGAAGUCACACCUCACAGUACAUCAGAGAACACAUACAGGGGAGAAACCCUAUAAAUGUCAGGAAUGUGGGAAAUUAUUCUCUAGGAAUUCACACCUCAAAACACAUCAGAGAACUCACACAGGAGAGAAACCCUAUGAAUGUAAGGAAUGUAGGAAAUGCUUCUUCCAGAAGUCAGCCCUCACAGUACAUCAGCGAACUCACACAGGGGAGAAACCCUUUGAAUGUAAUAAAUGUGGGAAAACCUUUUACUAUAAAUCAGACCUCACUAAACAUCAGAGAAAACACACAGGGGAGAAACCCUAUGAAUGCACAGAAUGUGGCAAAUCUUUCUCUGUGAAUUCAGUCCUCAGAUUACAUCAAAGGACUCACACAGGAGAGAAGCCCUAUGAAUGCAAGGAAUGUGGGAAGUCCUUUUCUCAGAAGUCACAUUUUAUUAUACAUCAGAGAAAACACACAGGGGAGAAGCCCUAUGAGUGUCAGGCGUGUGGGGAAACCUUUAUCCAGAAGUCACAACUCACUGCACAUCAGAAGACACACACAAAGAAGGGGAAGGCCGAGAAGUAAGAUGAGUUGGGAAAUUCUGACUGAAUUCAUCUUUCAGAACAAUCAGAUAUUUCACACAAGAGGUACACCUUAUGAAUGGCAUCAGCAUAGGACAAUUUUUAGCUACAAUCUUUCCUCUCUCUGUAUAUCAGCAAAUAUAUAGAAAGAAAUUCUAUAUGUUUAUUUAGGAAAAAAUUUUAUAUGGUGGGUUUUUCUAAAUAUUAGAUUACAUAGAUAGCAGAAGCCAUUCAAAUUGUAAAAUAGAAAGGAAACCUUUCAGAAGUCAUACUUUUGUUUUGUAACACAGAAAUCACACAGGAGAUAAAUCCUGUAAAACAAAUGUCAAGACAUUUUCUGCCAGGGCAGCCAGCUGUAGACAUCUAAAAGCUCACAAGUGAGAAGCUCCUUGAGUACCUAGAAACUUCUUUACACAAUUGGAGCUCAUAUAUUAGAGAAUUCAAAGGGAUAACUGCAUAGAUGGUAGCAGAUAUAAAAAGCCUUUAUCAAGAAUUGAUGUUUCAUUCAAUGUCAGAUUACUGGUACUUGGAUAGAUAUUUUAAAUAUUUGAAGGUUUUCAACAAAAAUUCAAAUUUGUACUGAGGGAAACAGUUAUACUAGAAAUCAUGUUGCAGAUCUGAUGCCAAGAUUUAAAAGGAAACAUGCAAAUGUCUACAUAUAUGAAGCUUUUAAAAAGCACAAAUUAUUAGUCAACAUCAUUAAACAUACAUUAAAUCUCUUUUAGUAUAUGUGAGGACUUUGUGUGUAUGUGAGUGUGCUAUAACAUGUAACUUGUGGAUGUUCAACGUGCGUGUGGAACCCAUCCAUAAUUGUACAUAGGGAAAUAUGUAAUCUUAGUUCAGUAACUAUUAUGUGUAUGAAGAUGUCACAUACUAAGUCUCAGUAGUGACUCUUAUUGUAUUUGUAUUGUAAGUGUAAUAUUCCUUUUAAAUUAUAAGACAUCUUUUUCUCCUAUUUCUUGGUGUUUGUAAACGGCUAUAGACAGUGGUACUUGUUUUUGUAAAAUUUUCAACUGUCAGCCAAAUUUUCCAUUAGGGACACAUUUAUUUAUAUAUAUAGCAAAAGCCUGAGCUGUUUUUAAACAGCUAAAAACAGUAAUAUUUAUUACAGUCUACACAAUGAAAACAAAUAGUGCAAUGUAAGAAAUAUUAUAUAUCUUACUGUUGAUGUGUAAGCAGGAAGCAGAGCUAUCCGUAUUUUGUCUGAGAAUCCUAAAUGUCCUUCACUAACUUUUUCUUCCUCGUAAAAGCAAAGUGGGAUAGUUAAGGGUGUGGACUCUGGACUCCUGCUGCCUGGGCCCAGAUUCCAGCAUGGAGCCUGCUACUUAAUGUCUCUGUGCCUCAGUUCCCUUUCCAAAAAGAGUAGUGAUAGUGACAACAUCUUAGGAUUGCUUUGAGGUCUAAAUGAGUUAACAUUUUCAAAGCACUUACAAUAGUGUCUUAGACACAACAGCUGUAUGUUAGAGGUUAUCUUCAUUAUUUGUAUUUUGUGAAUUACGCUGCAAGGAAAAAAAAAAGGUUGGCUACUCAACAUUCAUCCUCCACCUUCUUGCUGCCAGUGCCUUGAUUUGGUUGUUUGUUGUUUGUUUCUUUUCCUACAAGUGAUUUAGGGGCAAGAGCAGAUCCUGAUUAUGCUAAGUCAGGGUUUGAUAAAUGACAGUCCAUUGGACAGAUGUGGCCCACUACCCUUUUUUGUAUCCUGCAAGCUAAGAAUGGUUUUAUAUUUCUAAACGGUUUAAAAAAAACAAAGAAUAUUGGGACACAUGAAAAUUAUAUGAUAUUCAAAUUUCAGUGUCCAUAAAGUUUUGAAAACACAAAUACAAACAAAAAACAUCUGUUUAUGUUUGGCCUGUGGCUGUCUUCACACUACCCCAGCAGGGCUGAGUAGUUGUGGCAGACACCAAAUGCUCUUUGAGCCUAAGAUCUAGCACUUUGCAAAGUAAGGUUUUCUGUUACUUAGAGCUGAAAAUGCAAGAAUGCAGAGUUACGCUUUUAUAAACAUUACGUGUUUCAAAAUGAUGCAUACAGCAAUUUGUAGGUGGGUGGUUUUUUUGCAGUAUAUUUAUUUUGUGCAUUAUAUUUAUAUGUUAAAAGCCUGAGCUUAGAAGUAUUUUUUCAAAGAAAUGUGUUUUUUACUUGCUUAAUUGUCAUAACAUCAAAACGAAAAAUUUCUUGAUGGAAUGUAGCAGUAAAUAUAUGAAAUAAACAUUGUCUAAAUUAAAUUGAAUUGUUCACUGAUUCCUCCCUACAGUAUUCCUUUAUAUUCUCCCAAAUCAAUGGCCAGUUUUCCCUAUAUCAUUUUAUAAUUUGCUUACUAUCCCAUAAGAUACCAUUGGUAAGCUAUAUUUGGCUAACGUAACCCAAUAACAAAAAACUUACAAUACCCAGUUCCAUCAGCUACAUUACUAUUGCCUGUACUGCAUAUAAUUGUCAUAUGCUGCUACAAUCUAAACCCUGCCAGCAUCUUCCCCUUCCUAAUAAAGACACUUUCAUUCA